AUGAAGAUGCUCUUUGCCACUCUUGUGUUUUUGCUGGGUUUGUCUGUGUCGACACCAGUACCACAGCGCAUAGGACCACCAAAGAAUGCUCCUUCCAGACAGAUGAUACAGCGCCGAAUACGAGAAUUGCGAUCGUCUUCAAUCACGAUACCCUCCGAUUUUUUCUUUGGGAAGGCCCGGUCGCUUCAAGAGUACCAAUACAAUUCAUCCAUGUGUUCAAUCUGCAAAGGCGCCAGAAUCCUUACUUCCAAGGUUCCUGGUUAUGAUGCCGAUGACGACCUGCCUCCCAAUAUUACGUGUGGAGAGUGGGAGUAUUUUGCGCAAGCUACCCAAACUGUGGAAGAAUGCGAUGCCACUACUCGCUUUUUCUAUUGGCAGUGCUGUGUUGGAGGGGUGCCAGUGUAUCAAUGCGAAUCCAAUAUUCGACAGAAGAUACUGCAAAAUUAUGAUCCCGCUGUCCCCCCUAUUGUAAGCCCUGAGUCACCCUUGGAUGUAACGGUUACAUUGGAACCCCAUGCUGUCGAAAAAAUUGAUGUGCAGGCUGGAACCGCCAAGAUUUUGUGCAGUCUUCAUCUUGUGUGGAAGGAUGAACGCCUAAAGUGGGACCUAGAGGAGGACACUUGUGCUGGCUAUGUUUCCUUGUGGUCUGGAUCAGAUAGAGAAAAGACAGAGAUUUGGGUACCAGAUAUUGACCUCUACAAUCAAGUACAGGGUGUCCAAACAUUUCCAGACACAUCAGCACUGGUCUAUAAUGAUGGGUCAGUGAUUUGGAAUCGUCUUGGUGGGAUCACUGCUUUCUGCCAAUUCUCUGGUCUGAGCCAGAUUCCUUUUGAUGUUCUGGGUUGCCAGUUCAUUGUUGGGCCUUGGGUGCGACAAGAUCCAAGCCAAAUCAAAUACCACCUUUUCAAUGGGACAGGCCUUGUCCAGGGGAAGUUUCAAGCAACAUUCAAUGAAUAUUUGCCUGUUCCAGAGUUAUCUGAGAGUGGUAUUGCCUUUGAGGACACUAUCCUGUACUUCAAUCUAUACUACAAAAGAUCUCAGAAAUAUUAUGUCAACAAUCUUCUGGUCCCAACAAUUAUUCUUACAUACGUAAGCAUGGGGACAUUCUUGCUGGACCUUCGAGUGGGCGAACGACUCAGCUAUGGCAUGGCUUUGACAUUGGUGGUGGUUGCCCAGCAAAUUGCUACUGGAGGCACCAUACCCAUUAGCAAUGAACGGCUAUGGAUAGACAAAUUCAUUGGUUGGAGCUUCUAUUGGGUGAUUGUGGGAUUGGUGGAAUCUGUCAUAAUUGGUUACAUCUACUUUUUGCGCGAGGAUAAGGCUGCUCAGUUGUCACCUGGAGGUGGGAACCGCAUCUAUGAUGGAAUGCAAGCAUCUGUAUAUGCAGCUCAGCCUGGCAGCAAGUCUGGAGAAGAAGAAGAUCAUGAUAGAGACAAGGAUGCUCCUUUUCACAAUCCCUCAAAACGUGGCAACUAUUCCAGUAAUGAACAAGUCACUGAUGUGGUUGAUUGCGACAACUCUGCCAGUUACUUGGACAUGCUAAAGGCCAGGCCGACCCAGCAUACACAAUCGAUUAGUGCCGAUAAUGGCCCAGGACAAUUUACUACUUUGAAGCAGCAGCUGCAAAGGAGCAGCUCUGUUGAGGAAACGGAUUUGCCAGCUGUGGGACCAGGUCAACAAACUAUAGUUGGAGCCUGGAAAUGGGUGUACACUAUUUCCCUACGGAAGAUUGAUCGGUUCUUCUUCUUUUUUACACUGGUGACUUAUACACUCUUUGUUAUUGCCAUGUUUAUUUCGAGGCCCUACUGGGGAAGAAAUUUGGAGAAUGUUUGGCUCAAUGAGAGUGCCACAAGCUGGGAUAAGGAAUAG